ACUCGCUGCUCCCAGCAAGUUUUUGUUAACAAUGGUUAGUAAGUGUUUUCUUGGUUGUGAAGGGACCUCUCCCUUGUAUGGUUUGCCAAAGUCAGAGCCUUCACUUAGCCGUUGGCUAGAUUUCAUUUUUAACCCUAUUCCCCCGACUUUACCAAGCCUUUUUCUGUGUCGCCUCCACUUCACGGAUGGCUGCUUCAGCAACCUGCGUUUGUUCAGCAAUGGAUUUGCGAAAAUGCUAGCUCUUAGUGAAGAUGCUGUUCCAACACUUUCUGGCCCAAUGGGUGAAGAUGUCUCUCAACAUCAGGACUGCAGUGCCCAUUAUCGCCCCCUUCAACUCACCGGUGGGAAAGCAUUCUGUGGGAAUAAAAAGUGCACGGUUGAAGUCGACAUCAGUCGGCACACAGUUGUCCAUGGGAUCGCUAAAGGCACACGUAAGAAGCAAAGCCAUGCAGACACAGGUGUCUCCAGUCAGUGCAGACUUCGGAACAACCGCUCAUUUGCAAGACUCACUGCUGACUUCAACCCCAAUAAAGGGCCCAGGCUGGCGACCUAGCAAGAGACCACGGCUUGAGUUGGAGGAAGAGGAGGAGAGUGACUCCUCAAAUGAAUCACAUAAAGAUCCGCUGGACUCGACAUACAACCCUGCUGACUCUGUUCUUACAGAGGAAACUGACGUCUCGUAUGAGACACAGCCCACACCGAAUGAGGCUAAGUAUAUUGUCUUUGAAAGCUGCCUCAAACAGCUGUUAGAAAACUGUCCCGUGUGUAACUGUACGUCCACACCAGGAGCGACCAUAGCGUCAAAGACGCUUUGGUCGCUCACAAAUUUUCGCUGCGAAUUUUUCUGUUCGCUUUGCAAUGAAGUAGGCGGCAGUUACCACAUGGAGAAGGAGGGACUCAAAAGAUGCCUAGAUCAUCUGGAGGCAAACGGAUUUAAGGUGGAUUACAUUGUUACAGACCGCCAUCCACAGAUCCAGAAAUAUCUGAGGGAACGGAACAUCACGCAGUUCUAUGACGUCUGGCACUUUGAGAAAGGUUUGUCUAAGAAACUGGAGAAAGCAUCGCACAAAGAAGACAUUCUUAAGAAAUGGCUACAGAGCUUCAAGAACCAUGUGUACUGGUUGUGUCUAGCAUCAAUGCACCACAACGAAAAUGCCUCACGGGAGCAAGCUACGACUUCUGCAGGGCAGGCUGUUUAUAAAGUUGUCUAUCCAAAGGUGAAGAUGGGGGAAGGUGCUGUGAAGCCCGUGAAAACAGAUCCAACAUUCAACUAUGUACAUGACCUCAUGAGGCUGCUCAUGGAGGUUUUUGAGGACCCAACAUCCUUUGACGAGGAAAUUAAGACUAUCCCCAUCCCUCCAGACCUUUCAGCAGAAAAUAAACGCACUCCGAAGGCUGAGCUGGUUGCCCGUCACGUCUCCCGCUUCAAUCUAGAGGUGGUCUGA